AGCAGGGCACCAAAAACUGCAACAAGCAAGCGAGCUUUCUAUCUUCUGUCAUCACCAGCAAGCUUGGAGGGUCUAUCUCUAUUUCACCGCGACUUUUGUAGCAUCCAAAUUAAGUAUUGAAGAUGAGCUACUUCUUAGUYGCUAUAUCGAACGAUGGGGGUGCUCCCGAACAAGCAUACCGGAAAAUGCAAUCGGCCGGGGCGUGUCCGGAGGCCCCUUAUGCCGGUGAGUAUCUUUUCGAUCGGMAGAGAAAAGUAUGCCAUGGGUGGUGCGGUGCGGUGUGGUACGGUUUGAGAUGGUGUGAUCCUCGGUAGAACGAAGAGCGGCAAUGGCGUGAUUGAACCAUCUGCUUUGACUACAUGCCCUUYCCUGAUGCAGUAUAUGGACCUGACAAAUUCAAUUGUAUCUUUUUGUCGCUGUCCGAUUUAAUCCAGAAAUGUUCAAGUUCGAAGUACCCUCUUUGACCGUCGGCACCUUGGACACUCUUAUGACAUUGAGUGACGAUUUAGUGAAGACAGAUGGUGUUGUCGAAUCAACAGUAAGAAAGAUCGAAAGGACAACCGCAGAAUUGUUUGGUGGGAAGUCGUCCGAUCUCACAGUUGGAGGUCAGUUUUAGUUUAGUUUGGCUUGCUUUGUUCGAUUUUGUUUCUUUGCAUUGCAUUUGUUUUGUUUCAGAAUUUAUGAUUGCGCGUGCUGAUAAUUUCAUUUGUCGCUCUCGGGACGCACCUGUGUCGACGAUAGGAGUCCCCGCACAGAGGUACAUCCAGCAGUUCGCCUGGGAUUCCGCGAAAUAUCCCAACCGACGACCACUGAAAGAACUCGUYGCCAUGAUUGCUGGUGGGGCAGCGGGAAUCGAGGAGGAGCUCAAGCAGCUCACAACCUCGUUUGCCGAUAAGCAGGCAGCCUUGGUAGAGGCAAAGCGCAAAUCGGGUGGCAACUUGAUGAAGGCAGACCUGAAUGAUUCAUUGGACGCAGAAACCAUGAGCAAAGUCAACGUAGUGGAUUCAGAAUAUCUGAAAACAGUCUUUAUCGCAAUUCCGAAAACAGCCAAAGAAAACUUCGAAGGCUCGAUCGAGAGCAUUGCGAGCGAUGUAGUUGGAUUUGGAGGSCCCGAUUGGAGCCGGGAUGCCAGCAAACUUGGUGGACCGAUUUCCUUCGGAAACCAAAUCGACCGUCACAAAGUAAGCGGCUCGCCGGUUGUCCCAGGAUCGAUCCAGCUUGUGAAGCAAGACGACGACUCAWUCCUCUACGCCGUUACAAUCCUCAAGGGAGAGUACGAAGCAGGCUACUACGAGGGCAGCGAGUUCCAUCCCGGAACUUACAAGGAGUUCGAGCCGGAGCUGGCGAAGGCCUGCCGUGAAAAGCGUUUUGUUCUUCGCGACUUCACCUGGGAUCCAUCACAAGCUAUGAAAUCACAGAUGGUCAGGGAGCAACUGCAGRUCGAAGUCGAUGGAAUGAAGAGUGCGCUCAUGAGAUGGUGCAAGACCCACUUUGGUGAUGCGUUUGUAGCCUGGAUGCACAUCAAGGCUAUUCGCGUAUUUGUCGAAUCUGUCUUACGUUAUGGUUUGCCAGUCGACUUUACAUCUGUGUUGUACAAGGUAAACCCGGGAAAAGACCACCAACUAACACAAAAACUAGACAAGUCGCUUGGCAGUGGAGCCGACGACGAUGUGGAAGAUGGAGAAGAAUAUCACGAUUUUGUCUUGCUGAAGUUUGAACCAUAGACACCGUAUACACUUUCAACCAUAUUGCUUAUUAAUAUAAGAACUAGACUAUC